GACGACCGGGCGGGACACGGGGACAGCCGGACACACGGACACGGGGGAGGGACACACGGACACGGCCCGGCGCCAUGGAGCACGGCCAGCAGCAGCAGGAGAAAGAGGAGGAGCAGGCUCAGGAGCCCUGGUUCUGGCUGACAGCAGAGCUGGGCAGCAGCUGCUCCUGGGACACCAAGCUGGGCCAGAGCUGUGCCAGGAGGGACCUGUCGGAGCUGCCCACGCUGGAGGAAGGGCUGCUGCCCUCAGCAGAAGCUUCUGGAGCUGCAGUUCCUGCCUCACCCCUGGAUGUCCAGGAGAGCAGAUUCUCCCCCUGCCUGCCCCUGCUGCUGAGCCCAGCCCGGGGUGAGACAUUCCUGCAGGGAUCCCAGAUGGAUUUCCUUCCCCUCAGAGGAGUCCCGGAUGUUUCUGGAGCAUCCCUGGAGCGUUCAGAGCCUGCCCACGUCCAUGGCACUGCAUCCCUGAGGGGCCCAGCCCUUCCCAGCCCACCCCAGCACUCCCAGCCUGUGGCACAGGAGGAUCCUGGAGCUGCUCCCCAGCCUGGGCAGCCCCUGGGCAGCCAGGGGGACAAUGGGGACAGUGGGGACAAUGAGCAGGAGGCACCAAUCCCCCGGGGCAGGGGGGAUCCAGCACAGCCAGCUCCAGAGCAGGGGCUGGGGAAGGGGCUGGGGCAGCCCUGGGGCACAGCUGGGAGGGAUGGACACUGCCCUGGUCACCCCUGUGGUCACUCCUCCCAGGACAGUGAUGGCCCAGCUGCUGCCUCUGAGCUCUCAGAGGGGAACAAGGAGUCCCCAGGGCAGGAGGAAUCUUCCUCCUCCUCCUCAGGAAACUCCUCCUACAGAAGUGCCCUGACCAAAUUCUCAGAGAAAAGCGAGAGGGGUGUGCAGCAGGCGAAGGUGAAGGUGGCUGGCAGUGGGGCAGGAGCCCUGGAGAAGCUGGAGAAGGGAAGGAAGGCGCCUCAGCCUGGUUUGUCACAUAACUUCUCUGAUGGCCUGAGGAAAGGCCAUGCCAAGAACUCGGCUGCUGAGGAAGUUCUUUGUGCAGCAGCCUCUGGGGCAGGCAGAGGAGGGCUGCAGGAGCCUGGGGUGCUGCCCAGGGGCUCCCAGGGGCUCAGAGGUUCCCAGGAGCUGGGGCUGGGCUCCAUGGCUGCUCCUGAGGGGCUGCAGGGAGCUCUCCUGGACCACCAGCAGCAGCCAGCAGGGAGGCUGGGGACAGAGGGGCUGCUCCCUGCUGGGACACCCAGCCUGACCCAGCCCCAGGAUGCUGCCCCCUGCCCUGGGCACUCCCCAGAGCCUGCAGGGAGCAGGGAUGAGCUCACUGCCUCUGACUGCUCCAUACAGAGGGGACACAAAGGCACAGAGAUCUCCCCUUCCUUCAGCCUGGGCGCUGAGGGCUCCUUCUCCCUGCUCCUACCUCAUCCCAACUUCCAGUCCACCCCAGGGGUGUUCCUCAAGAGAGCUGGGAAGGCAGAAGGACCUGGUGAAGGCCUGGUGAUGCUCUCAGACCUUCAGGCCUCUCCUUGGUGUCCCAGUGAAGAAGCCCCAGGGAUGUCCCCUGUCCCUGGGGAGGAGCAGCCCCCUCCCCAGAGUGCUGUGGCAGAGACCUGUGGGCGUUUGGAGUCCCUGAAGCUGGAAUCUCCCUGUCCUGGCAGGAUGCAGUCCUUCCCCUCACUGAGCUUCCUGGAGAAGGUGGGAGCCUGGCACCUGCAGGGUCCUGCUGCCACCUGUGUGCCAGGUGCCUCUCCUCCUGCAAGGAAAGCCUCCAGUGCACCUCCCAGACAUUCAGGCUGUGUUUCAGCAGUGCAGGAAAGCCUGGGGGACCCCAGGGGCAGUGCUGCUCGUGCCUGCAGGGGCACAGGUUCUCUGGGAAAUGUGCAUUUCCCCCAGACUGAGCUGCUGCCUGCCCUCCCUCUGAGCAGGUCCCAGUCUGACAGCACCAUGAACAUCUCCAGCAGGAGCACAGCCCUGCCUGCCCUGAGCCCUGCAGCACAGGGGGAGCAGAGUGCUGCUCUGGGGGGCUCUGACAGCCCCACCCCACAGAAGGGGCUGCCUGGAACCCCUGCUGAAGAUGGGCACAGCACCACCAGGCGAAGCUCAGCCCCAGAUGUGUGUGUGCUCAGUGCUGCUCAGCUCCCUCAAAAGGAUGGGAGCUCCCCAGCUGAGGAGCACCAGGACUGUGAGGAGAAGGGAAAUCAGUGCCUCAGUAUCCCCACUGGUCACAUCAUGGACAGCUUUGGAGUCAUUCCCUUGGAGAGUCUGACUUUUCCUGUUGGUCCUGAGGAGCCUCAGGGGGCCCUGGUGGUGCCCAGGCCCUGCCCCAGUGCAGGAGGGAGCAGCCCCAUCCCCUCUGGAGCAGCCCUGGAGACUCCCAAGAAGGAAGAGCUGAAUAUUGAAGAAAGGAUCCCGGUGUACCUGCGGAACCUGGGCAUCGAGCAGUCCCCUGGCACCAUCCUGGCCCCCUUUGUGCCCCGUGGGCCCCUCCGGGAGCUGGAGUUCUCCCCAUGGGGGCUCAGGAGCCUGCAGCCCCCCCUGGACACGGCCCCCCUGGACAGGGUCCCCCCGCAGGCCCAGGGUGCAUUGCUGCCAGCCUUUGAGCUGUCCCAGGCCAGCUUUGGCUCGGAUGUGUCUCCUCUGAGUGUGUCCCUCUCCGUGGGCUCUGAGGCUGGCUCGGAGCAGGAGCAGGACCUGCUGUCCCCCCGGGAGCUCUGUGCCAGCUCCCCCACGCUCUCUGGGCACUCCCCAGCCAGCCAGGGCAGUGUGCCAGGCCCCCAGCUGCAGGGAGGAGCCCCAGGGGGCACAGAGGGGUCCCCUGGACCUGCUGGGGCAGAGCAGGACCUGCCCAGCUGCUCCUCGGUCAGGGAUCCCCAGGAUGGGGGGAGAAGGGCUCAGGGUGCCCUUGCUGACCCUGAGUGCAGGAGCUCAGGCAGCAGCCAGCAGGAAUGGGCUCUGUCUGGGCUUGGGAAUGACAUGGAAUUGGAUAGGGCAUCCUCGAGCUCCGGGGUGGGAAGUGAGAGCAGCCAGGGCCAGGAAAGGGAACCCCUGAUGGGCCCUGAGGCCCUGCAGGAGCUCCGGGAGCUGCUGGCACAGGCAGAGGGUCUGGCUGCCAGCUGGAGCCGUCCUGCUGGCCCCACAGCCUCCUGCAGGGAGCCUGGGGAGGCUCCCCCGGGGCUGGGUGGGAGGGAGGAGGAUCCAAAGGAUGCCAGGUUAGGCCAGGACUGGAUCCCAAAGCUGCAGGACACACUGUCACGGGAUGAGGCCGUGACCCCGAGGGGUGUGCAGGCACAGGAGCUGGACACGGACCCUCUGGACUCUUCCAGCUGCCAGCUGGCAUGGGGACACCCUCUGGCUGUCAGCUCCCAGCGCAGGGAAGGGCUGAGGGCAGUGGCCCAAGAGCCAAGGACAGGGAAAUCCACAGGGAGGUGGGAGCCAGAAGGGAGCAGCAGUGUGGGCAGGAGCCAGGCUGCCCGUGCAGGGCUGGCACAGAGCACUGCCAGCAGCCUCCCGGGCACUGGCACAGCCCCACAGCCCAGCCAUCCUCCCUCCCUGGAGCCCCUGGCAGUGCCUCCAAAGGCUGCCCGUGGGGGGCUGGCACAGAGCACUGGCACAGCCCCACAGCCAGGCCAUCCUCCUUCCCUGGAGCCCCUGGGCAGUGCCCCCGCUGGCCUGGGCAGCUCCCUGGGCUCCUGGGGCCAGGCUGGCAGGGCAGCAGGGACACAGGGCAGCGAGGACAGCAGCAGUGGGGAUUCCCUCAGUGCCCGGGUCAGGAGCCUCCUGAGGAGGGCUGGGCACUCCCAGCAGCCGGGCAGUGCCCCGGGGGUGGUGCUGGGCAGCCUGCCCGGGGCUGGAGUUGCUCGGAGCCUGCCAGGAGCUGCCCUGAGCCCGGCGGGCAGCAGCAGCAGCAGCGGUGACUCCCUGGCCACCCGUGUCUGCAGCCUCCUGGGCACCACUGCCCCGGCCAGCCGUGUCCUGAAGAGCGCUGAGGAGCACGAGAGGAGGAUCCGAGCCUGGGUGAAGAUGAAACUGGCCAGCCAGUCCCAGGAGUGUGAGGCAGACUGGGAUGAAGAGCCCCAGCUGAGGAUGGAGGCAAUCAAGGCAGAGCUGCUCCCAAAGCCCAGGGAACCUGCACCAGCCAAGGAUCCCUGGCUCUGUGGUUUGGAAGCAGCUUCUGAGUACCUGAGGAAGCAGGAGCAGGACCUGGAGGGUGUGCAGGCUCCCAGGUGUCCCAGGGGCAGGCAGGGACAGCUCUCCAGGACCUGGGAGCUCCUCCAGCCCUGCUCCCCACCAGCAGCACCAUUCCGUAGAGCUGGUCCCUGGCAUGCCUCCCUGCUGAAGGACAUGCACCUGAAACCUUGGGGUGCUGCUGAGCUGAAGGACAUGCACCUGAAACCUUGGGGUGCUGCUGAGCUGCAGGAUGUGCAGCUGAAACCUUGGGGUGCUGCUGAGCUGAAGGACAUGCACCUGAAACCUUGGGGUGCUGCUGAGCUGAAGGACAUGCACCUGAAACCUUGGGGUGCUGCUGAGCUGAAGGACAUGCACCUGAAACCUUGGGGUGCUGCUGAGCUGCAGGAUGUGCAGCUGAAACCUUGGGGUGCUGCUGAGCUGCAGGAUGUGCAGCAGCCACAGGAGAUGCAGCUGAAACCGUGGAACACUGCUAACCUAAAGGACGUGCAGCUGAAGCUCUACAGUGCUGCUGAGCCUCAGGAGAUGCAGCUGAAACCCUGGAACACUGCUGACUUGCAGGACAUGCAGCUGAAGCUCUACAGUGCUGCUGACCUGCAGGAAGUGCACCUGAAACCUUCUGGUGCUGCUGAUCUGAAAGACAUGCAGCUGAAGCCCUGCAAUGCUGCUGACCUGAAGUCCUGGAAUGCUGCUGAUCUGCAGGAUGUGCAGCUGAAACCUUGGGGUGCUGCUGAGCUGCAGGACAUGCACCUGAAGUCCUGGAAUACUGCUGACUUGCAGGACAUGCAGCUGAAGCCUUUCAGUGCUGCUGAGCUGCAGGACAUGCAGCUGAAGCCCUGCAAUGCUGCUGACCUGCAGGACAUGCACCUGAAACCCUGCAGUACUGCUGAGCCACAGAAGAUGCAGCUGAAGCCCUGGAACACUGCUGACCUAAAGGAUGUGCACCUGAAGCUCUACCGUGCUGCUGAGCUGCAGGAUGUGCAGCUGAAACCUUCUAGUGCUGCUGAGCUGCAGGACAUGCAGCUGAAGCCCUGCAAUGCUGCUGAGCUGCAGGACAUGCAGCUGAAGCCCUGCAGUACUGCUGAGCCAGAGAAGAUGCAGCUGAAGUCCUGGAACACUGCUGACCUGCAGGAUGUGCACCUGAAGCCCUGCAGUGCUGCUGAGCCACAGGAGAUGCACCCAAAGCCCUGGAACACUGCUGAGCUACAAGUGCACACCCAGCAGGCAGCCAUGGGGCACCCCAGUGCCAGGGCAGAGCCCUGUGCCCCUCUGGCACAGCACCCCCGUGCAGGGAGCCCUGCAGCUGCCCCCCCUGCCCAUGGGGAGCUGGGCAAGCCCAGCACCUCCCUCACCCUGUGCUCCCAGGGCCUGGCACACAGCCCCAGCCUGGCCAGCAUCCUGCUUGGGCAGCACAGGCUGGGCACAGAGCCCUGGCACAGAGCUGGGGGUGCUGCUGAGGCUCCUGCUGCCUCUGCUGCCAGGGCUGCAGCUCCUCAGGAGCCAGCCCAGCAGCCUGGGAGCAUCCAGGCUGGCAAGGGACAAACCCUGAGUGCCAGGCAGCCCCAGCUCCUGCCUGCACCUCUGGGGCACAGACACAGUGCCAGGGAGCUCAGCCAGGAAACAAAGCCAUCCAUGGAACCUCCCCCUCUGAGCCCAUCCCUGCAGGAGGAGAUCCCACCUGGGCACACCCAGCCCCGGGAGAUCCCACCUGGGCACACCCAGGCCCAGGAGAUCCCACCUGGGCACACCCAGCUCCAGGAGAUCCCCCCUGGGCACAGCCAGCCCUGGGAGAUCCCACCUGGGCACACCCAGCUCCAGGAGAUCCCACCUGGGCACACCCAGCCCCGGGAGAUCCCACCUGGGCACAGCCAGCUCCAGGAGAUCCCCCCUGGGCACAGCCAGCUCCAAGAGAUCCCCCCUGGGCACAGCCAGCUCCAGGAGAGCUCAGAGGGCCCAGGAGCAGCUGCACAAAGGGGUUUGCUGAAGGGCCCCAGUGAGGUGUUGGCUGAGGGGAGGAAAAGCCCUGAGGAGCCACCUCUGGUUCCAGAAGAGGCUGUGAGGGAGCAGAUGGGUCCUGCUCACCCUUCACCUGCAGAUGAAGCUUUGUCCACCAUUCCAGAAGAGGCUGUGAGGGAGCACGUGGUUCCUGCUCACCCUUCACCUGCAGAUGAAGCUUUGUCCACCAUUCCAGAAGAGGCUGUGAGGGGGCAGAUGGGUCCUGCUCACCCUUCACCUGCAGAUGAAGCUUUGUCCACCAUUCCAGAAGAGGCUGUGAGGGAGCAGAUGGGUCCUGCUCACCCUUUACCUGCAGAUGAAGCUUUAUGCACCAUGCCUGAAGCUCCCUCAUCACCAGUGAAGAGAUUCCUGAGCUGUGUGCACAUCACCCUCUCCUCCAGGGCCCAUCACCCCAGUGCCAGCAGUGCUGGGAAUGGGAUCAAGGUGUGGGACAAACCUCCAGAGAAGGCUCAGACAGUGACUUUACAAGCAGCUCCAGAAUCUUCAGUGGGAGGUGUUCCUAAAUCCCCUCGUGCUGAGGGCAUUCCUAGCUCAGCUCAGCCUGUGGCAGGUCCCAGCCAGCUGCUUUCCCCCAGGCAGGAGCUGCAGGGCAGGGCCAGAGCCCGGCUCACACAGGGCAUCCCCAGCUCUGCCACACCUGCCAGAAGGACUUCUGAUGCUGCCACCCAGAUCACCACGGAGAGUCCCAGCAAAGCCACGUUCUCAGCAGAAAUCUGUGUGGAUCCCCACGAGGGGGGAAGUGCUGCCCUGCAGCCAUCACUCCCCAGUGCUCCUGGAGCUCCUGGGACUGCAGCUCCACCCCACAAGGCCCCUGAAGCCCCUGGGACUGCAGCUCCACCCCACAAGGCCCCCGGAGCUCCUGGGACUGCAGCUCCACCCCACAAGGCCCCCGGAGCUCCUGGGACUGCAGCUCCAGCCCACACGGAGAUUCCCCCCUUCCCAAGGCAGCCUGCCCAGCCCCUGCUGCUGCCCUACAAGCCCUCAGGAAGCUCUGGCAUGUACUAUGUGCCUUUCCAGAGAGCAGGAGCCAGCGUGGAGCCCAGCACAGCCAGCUCGCACUCAGGCUCAGAGGAUGCUCCUGCUCCAGGGAUCCUGGCCCAGGUGCUGGCUCUGGGGGAUGAGCCCCCUGCAGCCAGGGCAGCUGCCCAGCACACAGGGACAGUCCAUGGGCACUGGCCUAAGCUGGCCUGGGCUGAGGGGCACAGGACACCGCUGGAACAGUCUGCAGAGCUCCCGGCUGGUUCUCAGUGUGCAGAACCCUCCCGUGGUGUCCCUGAGCCCCGUGCCAUGCCCACCAGGCAGCGCUGCAGCCAGCAUGCCAGGGAGCCCUGCAGGGCCCGGGCUGCAGCUGGGCACGCUGCCCUGGGCACAGCAGGGCACUUCUUUGCCCUCCCUGCAGAGGCUGACGACAGCAGGAGCGAGGAGCUGAGUGCCAGGGGCUCCUUUGGGCACGGGGCAGCUGGCACGGGGCUGCACCAGGGCACUGCUGGCACCGAUCCUGCCCCACGGGGCCCAGCUGCUCCCCUGCAGGACAGCCUGGGGAAGGCACCACAGCAAAGGGGCCACGCCAGGGGCGGCCUGGACGAGCUGUGGCUGAGGUUCCUGGAGCGCCAGGGCACGCAGCAGCAGCAGCAGCAGCUCAGGAGGAACGGGGAGCUGAGCCUCGUGCAGCGCCUGGACCGGCUGGCCAGGCUCCUGCAGAACCCCAUCAGGCACACCCUGGCACCCACAGCUGCUGGGGAGAGGGCUCCUGAGCAGGAAAUGCAGGGGAGGGAGCAGCCAGAACCUGGGCUGGCAGGAAAAGCCAGGUCUGGGAGCAGCACGGAGCCAAGGGGAGCACGAGCGGGACAGAGGCCACGUGUGAGCCAUGGCAGCAGCAGCCCCGGGGAGCCCAGGCUGGGGCAGAAGGUGAUCCAGCACCUGAGCAGGAUCCUGGAGGAGCAGCAGCCCCUGGGCAGCAUCCUGGAGAAGCAGCAGCACCUGGGCAUGCCAAGUGACAGCUCCUCAGAGAGCAGGCUGAGCGGGGAGCCCAGCAGCUGCAGCACCUCUGCGUGGGACACGGGGACAGGGCUGGACACCUCCCCUGCCUCUGGGAGCAGCAGCUCCCUGUCCCUGUCCACCAUUGACACAGCCAGGCUGCUCCAGGCCUUUGGGCAGCACAGGGUGGCCCCAAGCACCGACGCCCCCAGCCCAGCCCCACAGCUGUCCCCAGAGCUGUCCCCGAGGCUGGCCCGGCUGUACCGUGCCAUCAGCCAGCAGAAGAGGCGCUCUGAGAAGUGGCAGGAGCACAGUGGAGGAGCAGGGACUGCAGGAUGUCCCCAGGGAGCUGCUCAGAGCCUCGGGAAGGGACAGCAGAGCCAGAGCACCAUGCCCUUCUCAGACUCCACCUGUGCCAGCAGCAGCUCCUGGGGGCCCAGCUGUGCCCUGAGCCACAAGAGACGGGCUCGGAUGCUGAACAAAGGGAUCCAGGCAGGGGACCUGGAGAUCGUCAGCAGUGCCACCAAGAGGAACACUCGGGAUGUGGGGGUGACCUUCCCCACGCCCAGGAGCAGCCAGCAGCUGUGGGAGCCCCCUGGGCAGGGCCAGGGCACAGCCUGGCAGCAGCCCCGGGCACAGCCGGGCAGGAUCCUGACAGACACACGGACCAGGAGGAGCAGGCUGCACUUCCAGCAAGGGACUGCGUGGCUCAUCCCAGCAGAGGACUUGGAAUGUGAAUCAAGGAAAGAAAACCAGUGCAGUGCCCCUCCUGGCCCUGGGCCAGCCUGGUUUGAGCCCUGGAGCAGCACAAAGCCCUGGAGAGAGCCCCUGAGGGAGAAGAACUGGGAGGAGCAGCCCAGGCUGGGCCAGGGAGCAGUGACAGCCCCGGGGGCUGGCAGGGGCCUGGGGCAGCCCCUGGGCAAGCUCACCCUGCAGGAGGCGCUGGCCCUGCACCGCCCCGAUUUCAUCUCGCGCUCGGGGCAGCGCCUGCGGCACCUGCGGCUGCUCCGCGAGGAGAGGAGGCUGCACAAAGCCCAGAGGGAAAAGCUGCUGCCAGCCCAGGGGGAAACACUGCUGCCAGCCCAGAGGGAAACACUGCUGCCAGCCCAGAGGGACCAGCUCCUGCCAGCCCAGCAGCUGCUGCAGCCUGCAAGGAGGAGAAAAGACUGCAGGACUGCAAAUCACCUGCUGUCCAACCGAGGUUUCCUGAUGAGAGAAAAAAGAAGAGCAAUUCCCAAGCAUGAAAUGUUUCAAAGAUCUAAAAGGAUGUACGAGCAGCUCCCUGAGGUGAGGAGGAAGAGGGAGGAGGAGCGGAGGAGGCAGGAGUACAGCUCCUACCGCCUGAGGGCUCAGCUCUACAAAACUAAGAUCACCAGCCGUGUCCUGGGGAAGAAGGUGUCCUGGAGCUGACCUCAGCCAGCCUGGGCUGGCACACACAGCCCUGGCACAGGAGAAGGCACUAAAUGCUUCUGCAGCCCCACUUUGUGCUCUUGGCUCCCUUCUGUGCUCGCUGCUCCUGCCCUAUGUAAGAAUCAGGGAUUUGGGGGAGUGUCAGGGUUUUAAAUAAAUAGCUGGGGUUUUAUAGUGGUGUUAGGCACUUCAGAGGAAACACAGUCUGGAAAAACUUGGUUCAUAACAUAUUUAUAACUCCCUGAUUGGAAUAGCAGUUUUAUAUAUUUAUUUUCAACGGGUUUUAACGCGGAUUUUUAGAUUUUUUAAAAUUUCUGUCUCAAUGUAGAAAAUUCACUUGUUAUGUUUUGUACUUCAAUAAAACAGCUGAGUUGUUUUAA